CAAUUACUUAUCAAGAAUUUUUAGAACAAGGAAAUGAAUUUGUAACGAGAUCCGACUGGUUAAAAGAAGGCUGGUUUUGGGUAAACAGGGAGAGUAAAAUUUAUGGAGAAACAUACCUUAAGAAAUGAUGAAUUUCCCUGUAAGUUAAUAGACAAAAGUUGUACACCUGAAGAGCUGGAUAUUGAUAUGUCUCUUCUAUUAAUAGAGAACCAUGAUACCGCUCUUCAUUGUAUCUCGCCUGGACAAGUAGGGACAGAUAUUCACGAAUAUGAUUUAGAAAUUGUGUACUCUCCAAGUUAUCAAGUGCCCGUUUUACACUUUAUUGGAAGGGAUGCUAAGACCGGGAGGAGGCUCUCCUUAAAGUCGAUCUGGGAAGAUUUUGAGCGUAUAACGUGUUUAACACUCUCUAAAGACGAAUUAAUGGCCACUAUUACUCAAGGAGAGCAUCUUGUUACUAGAAAGAUUUGUUAUUAUCUGCAUCCGUGCCACACCGCCAAAUUAAUGAAUAACAUAUUACAAGCCAACAGAAGGGCUGGUGAGAGCUCCCAUAACAAGAGCUACUAUUUACUUUCGUGGCUGAGUAUUUUUGGUUCGGUAAUUGGGCUCAACGUUACCUGUAAGUUCCUGAAGUGA